AUGUCGUCACUCAUCCAGGAUGUGUACAUCCUCAUCAUUGAAAGAGUGUCCACUGGCCUGAAAUUUACAUUUAAUCCUAAAGAGGGAAUAGACAACCCAGUGAUGGUCAUCACAGAUGAUGCAGACUCUGUGUGGACGCCCAUCCCACGCUCGUGUAUCCUUAAACGCGAGGAUGGCGAGUUCUACGGCUUCCAUCUGCGUGUGGAGAGGGGCCGUCGGGGACACAUAAUUAGAAAUGUGGUGUCAGGUGGGGUCGCAGAGCGUAGCGGCCUUCGAGACGGAGACAGACUGCUAGAAGUUAACAACUGCUAUAUUGAUGAUGUUCCUCACCCUGAGGUGGCUAGGAAGAUAAAGGUAAGCGGACACCAGUUGUGUUUAUUAGUGCUGGAUGGAGAGGAUUAUGAACGGGCUGUGUCCCGAGGUCAGGACCUGCAACGUCUGGCCCACAUGGAUGAGAGCUGCAAACCACCCAGGCUUUGUCACAUCACCAGGGAUCCUGUCUCAGGUCUGGGCAUCACCGUUACUCCUUUGGAAGGAGAGAAAGGUCGCUUUGUAGUGAACCCAGUGGCAGGAGGUGCAGCUGAAAAGGCAGCGCUGUGUCAGGGAGAUCGCCUGGUGUGGAUAAAUGGAGCGAUGGUGUCUGAUCUCACACACUCUGCACUCAGCAAAAUGAUGAAGAAAUGUGGUGAUCACAUCACCAUCUUAGUGAUCGACAGUGAGAGUGAAAAGAAGUACACGCAAAGGAGGCUCCCCAUCCUGCCCACCAUGGCUACCCCUCAUCAGCUACCUUAUAGAGCCCGAACACGCCACCUGAUCUCCGUGUCUGAGAGCUUUGGUUUUCUUCUACGGCUGGAGAAAGUGCCAUCAGGACGCACAUAUCACGUCCUGCGUGAAAUGACCAGAGGCAGUCCUGCAGAGAGGGCGGGUGUGAGGGAUGGAGAGCUGCUGCUGGAGGUCAACGGCGAGUCAGUGGAGUCACUGAAGCACGAGGAGGUUGUGGACAGAGUGAAGCUGAGCGGACGAGAGGUCUAUCUCACCACCAUCACUCCCAUGGGGCUAGGGUUUUAUACGCAGCUGGGUCUGUCUCCGCUUCUUUUCUGUGAGGAUGAUGCAGCUGAUGAAGGAAAGGAGAGUAGUGUGCCGACUUCUGUAGAGGAGAACUCGCCACCGAAGGAAAUGCAUGUCUCAAGUAAUCUUAGACUCUGCUCUCUCCAGAAAGGCCCUUUGGGAUUUGGCUUUAAAUUAGGCUGUGACCCACAGAGUCCUGGGACUUUCAUCAGUCAGGUUGCUUCUGGGGGUCCUGGGCAGAGUGCUGGACUGCUUGCGGGUGACAUAGUGAUGGAAGUCAAUGGACAAAGUGUGGAAGGAAAACCUCUGGAAGAUGUGACUAUGCUUGCGGAAGAAGGAGGGCAUAUUCUUUCAUUGCUAGUCACACAUAAGACAUGCUACAACAAGAUGGAAAAGACUGAAACACCCAGCAAAGAUGUCACUCGCACAGAGGAGGAAGAAGAUAACGAGAUAUCAGCUUUGUGAGCAGAACAGAUAUAAAUCUCGGAAGAAAUUUCCCAGCACGAUGCUCCCACUCAAGAAUUCCAGAUUUUAAUCCUUGCCAACAUUUUCAAUAUACAACUUCACUUAGAUAGGAUGCAAUCAAACUAGAAACAAAAUGCUUCACGGGUUAAAUGACUCUCUGGUUAAACAACAACAAAUUGCCCUCCUCCUGAAGUUCCCCCCUCCCACAUCAUGGUGGACUUGAAGCUCUUUCCCCCCACGUCCACUGCUUAAACAGUUUUUUUUGUGUUUAAUGCUACU